CCGGAUGCGAGAUUCGAUGCGGCGGCUCUUGCUCGCUCUCUGGGUGGUGACGUGCGUGGGUCAGCAAUGCACGCCAUCGACGCAGUUGGCCAAAGCCCCGGGCAUCCUCCGCGACCGGUCGCCGCAGGUCGGCAACUACAACCCUGGCGUCGACUGCCACUGGCAGAUCACGACCGCCAAGCCCAACACAAUUAUCGCCCUCACGUUCACGCUUCUGAAGCUUGACGCGGACUACGGCGGCAACAACGACGUUGUGCUCGUGAACCUCGGCCGCAACGCGCCGCCCCCGCUCGGCUGGUCGCUCUACACCCGCCCGUUGGAUCUCUAUGGGGGCGACGCUGUCGGGACCUUUGACUAUGCAACGAGUCCGCUCUCCAAGGACACGUGCGUUGCCAACCAGCAGGGCUCGUUCGACCCGAGUCAAUGCGACCUCACGUACGGUUCGCUGCUCGCCGACGCCUCGCGCAGUGCGUCGUGGUACUAUUAUACGGGCAACGACGGCGACGAUACGGUCGGUGGCACCGUCUCGAUGCAGUCGACGGCGCAGGACAUCUACAUCAUCUACCGAUCGUUCACCAAGCCGGACGGCGUCGUACUCGACCAGUCGACGACGUAUGGCAUGGCCGCCACCUACGAGUUCGCAAGCACAUUUUGCAGCGGUCUGAGCGUCCUCUCGCCGCAGCUGUCGGUCGCCGACGGCGCGAACGCAACGACGGCGCAGACGUUUCGUGACAACAUGCUCGGCCAAAAUCAGCCGAAUAUGAGUUGUGCGUGGCUCUUGCAGCCGACGCGACUCGACCCGACGUCCGGCACUCGCGUGCUCUUUGACUCGAUCUGGAUGUCGUUCAACGCGUUUCAGCUCCGGGGGGCGUCCGUCGUCACCAUUUAUGACGGCGCAUCGGCUACCGCGACGGUCGUGGCCAGGUUCACAGGCGAGAACCCGCCACCCCCCGGCUUUUCGCUCCAGAAUGGCCAAGGCUCUCUGUUUCUGACGUAUGCGUCGCUGAAUGGUCCCGCCGCCCCCGGGUUUACGGUGGCGUGGCAAGCAGCUUACUGUCCGAAUGCCUGCUCGGGCAGACAUGGUAGCUGCAUCAACGGCGAGUGCGUCUGCGUGCAUGGCUGGUCGGGGCCGGCAUGCGAUAUCCCCCAAGGGUGGCUCUGCGCAGGGACCCACUACAAUGCUAGCGACGGCUGCGACUGCGGCUGCGGCCUCUACGACCCCGACUGUGGCACGUUGCCUGCGUCGGUCACGACGUGCAAGCACAGCCCGAGUCUCGAUAGCACGGCGUUCGAUGCACUCCAAGGCCGUGUCUUCAACGGCGACUGCAUCUACUGCCCCCUUCCUGCUGUGAUUCCCGAGCAAACGCCACAGCCCAACUUGAACUGGAACACCUCGGACGGGUCGAUCACCGAGUCGUGUCCGCUCGUACACCAGUGCGGUUCCGGCUCACAAUGCGAUGCGUACGGUGCCUGCGUGCACGUUGGGAGUACCUCGAGUGAUAUCCUUCGCAAGCAGUGUCUCUCGUCCAGUGACUGCCCAGCGUCGACCGUCUGCGGAUCCAACCAGCUGUGCAAAGCCCCCGACGACUUUGCACUUUUGUUUUCUGAUCCGUCGCUUCUCGCACGAAGCAAUGCGCUCCUCGGACUCGACUCGACGUUGGGAGUCACCAUCGAAAUCACACUGCGCAUCACGUCCCGCAACUCGACCGAUGUUCUCUUGAGCUACCCGGGGCUAUCGGUGGCGCAGUCGUCAGCACUAACCUUUGCGAUUGGCUCGUCGGUGUGGCCAACAACCGUUGGUGUCGACGACGGGCGCUGGUACUCGGUCGCAUGGACGUGGGAUGCAGCCACGGGCGACACAACGCUCUAUUCCUACAAUGAAACAACCAAUACCACGACGGUUGUUGCAUCGGGCACCGUAGCGACCACCGGCGUCUCGCUUAUUCCAGCGCUACCGCUUGACGUCGGUGGCUUCACCGGUGCACUGGCGUUCCUACGGAUCUGGAACACGGUGAAGACACCAUCGACGCUGUUUCAGUCGUCACGAACAACGACGAGCUAUCUUGUUGCCGAGUAUCGAUUCCGUGAUGGCAGCGCUCGGGAUCUCUCGUCGUAUCAAAAUGACUUGAGUCUCACGGCGACUGGCGGCAAUGCGAUGUCUCCGUCUGCUACGUACAGCUUUGCGUUCAAUGUCAGCACAUCUGAAGUCAACCCGUGCUUGGCAUCCCCGGUGGACCUUACGACCAAUACGUUUGCUGUCGACAGUGUCAUUCACGUCACCGGGAUUGCCAAGGUUGGCACGUGGCAACUUAGAUUUGUCGACCAAGCGGGGUCACCGAUACUCGAAGUGUCGCCUUCGGACGCCACGACCGUCGACAUUGCCGUCAACGGCGUCGUCACCACGCGCGUCACCGUCGCCGAUGCCCUCGGCCAAUCCAAAGCGCUUCAAGUACGGUUUCAGCGCACCAGUGGCUCGUCGGUGGUCGUCUGCUUCUUUGACGUCACAUGCGUCACCGUGGUCACCGCGGGUGUCGCGACGUCGUUCGAGACGUCGUUGCCAGAAGCUAUCCCGAUAUGCAUCACGCGCGCCGCAAGCCUGGCUACGCUUGCACCGAUCGUGUCCGAGCCUACGACGACGGUCAACGGUAGCCGUUGCAGCUUCCCAAUGACGUAUACACAGCGCAACUGCGAACGUUUUCGCAAUUACAUGAACUCAAAAGGCUAUAGCGACACCAUGUGUCUCCAAAAUGCCCAGGCGUUUGCAACGUCGCAGCUUGAUCUGGCGCUGCAGCCGUGUCAGUGCACUGAUAUGCCACCGUGGCUCGUCUCGUCGGCCAUAAAAUCGAUCGACUCGGCGACCGGGCGCGUCACACUGCUCGUCACGUACAAUUACAUCAAAACCAAGGUCGUGGCCGACGACACAACGCAGCCGUGCGGCAACAAUUGCUACAUUUACGAGCCCGUGGCGGGUCACCGACGGCGCCUUGCUGCGACGUCGUCGUCCAUCUCGGGCCCAAAUAGCCCAGGCGCCGGUAGCUCGUUUGGCCCUGGCCCUCCCAGCGGCGGUGGUCAAUCAACAACUACAACGACGGCCCACGGCACCGACGCCAAGCAGUACCAAGCAACGCGUUUGUUUACCGUCAACAGCCACGGCUGCAACGUGAUCUCUGCGUUACUGCCAGAGACGUCGGCCCCGGCGCAGUGCGUUGUCACCGGGCCCGACGCCAGCAUUGUCCAGGACACCAUUUCUGCCUUCUCAUGCCAGACAACGGGAGGAUCCACCGACGAUCCAGCAACGGCACAGCCGUGGUGCCUCGUCAACGGGUCGCCCGAGGUGUGCUUGAGUAACGUCGACUCGUGCGGGCUUAGAAACGGCAAUGUCACGCUGACAAAUGCGACGGGUACGAUUCGGGAUGGGUACGCAACGACGGUCACGGCCGGUGUCCGCGUCUGUCGGUUUACAAUUGCGCCGACCAUUGCACCUGUUUUGGCGCCUUACACGUGUCUUGUCCUCAAGCUCCAGCAGCUGCAACUCUCGCCAAGCGAUCGCUUUACGGUCAAGGGCCGACUCGCCGAGACCAGUCUACCAAGCCAACUGGCAGCCAUCGACUUGCCAUCCCUCGUGCUCAACAUGUCGUCUGUUCUCAUUGAGUACACGGGCGCCGGCGACAAGUCGGGGACGCCCUUUGAUGGGUUUGUUUUGGAGUACAGUACGACGCUGGCGUUCCCCGAGGUUGGCAGCCGUCAUUUCUGCCAAUUUGCUGCAACGACACUGCCUCUGGACCCCACCACCCAUGCCGUCGUGUUUCCGACGUACAACUUGACCAACAGUCGGCUGACACCGGCGAUCACUUCGUGCCGGUACACGUUUACGACCAGCGCAGUGUCGAUCUCGUCCGUCUGGCUGCGGUUUCUCGAUCUCAACCUGACGUCGACCGACGACCGUAUCGAACUCUACGACGGCAACGGCACGACGCCAGCAGCCUUGAUCGCCAACAUUACAGCGUCGUCCUUCUCGGUGCUCAACUAUGCGAUCAAAAUGAAUGGCGCCUCCGACUACAUUGCGUCGACCGAUCCGCUUCCUACGCUUCCGACAACGGUUGUCUUUUGGCUGAACGUCCCGUCGUCGACCAAAGCCGACUGCUCCGUCACCGCCAACUGCGUCAAUUCCAAACCCAAGAAAAUGAAGGUCCUCGGCACCGACCACGGCUCGAUCGACGAUGCGUAUGUGACGGUGCAGCUCGCGCCCGACACGGGAUUCCUCUCGGUCGUCGUCAGCGGCGCCGAGUUUACCGUCGCGACCAGCGUCCUCCAAGAUACAUGGCUUCACGUGGCGCUGGUCUACCAAGCGACGGAGAACGACGUCUUCGCCUACGUCGACGGCCAGCGCCAAAGCGUCGUUCGGACGGGCAGCGUCAAUACGUCAUUGGUCGCCGUACCUGCGCAGCUCUUUGUCGGCGGACAAAUUACGCUUCCUGACGCCACGCACAUUGCAUUUGCGGGUCAGCUCCAGCAACUGCGUCUCUACGACGAGCCCAAGUCGGCCGUCGACAUUGUCAAGAUGCAAACAGCGGCCUGCGAUACAGCCGACGCGACGCUUCUGCUUUGCUACGAGUUGAGCACGUACAACGCUACCAAAGUGCUGGACAGUAGCCGCUACGGCAUCCACGGUGCCUUACGAGGUGGUGUCUAUAUGACACCCCCGACGCUUCGAUCGUCGAUUGCGUUUACGACGUUUCGGGCGUCGACGCGCCACUUGUCACUUUUAUAUUUGCCGUCGUCGACGAACGCGUCGUCCAUCUUUCGCGUUGUCGUCACCGGCCACGCGUGCCCUACGGCGUGUCACCACGGCGCGUGUGCGUUUGGUGUCUGUCAAUGUGACCCGGGGUACGCCGGCCCGAGUUGCGCCGACAAGCUGUCGGCGUGCGACGCCGACGUGCUGCUGCCCGGUCGUCAAGGGACACUCGAGUUUCCGCCGGAUAGCUACAUGCUUCAAACCAACUUUGUGCCACCGGCGCCACCGAUUGGGUACCCGCCAGGGCAGUGUCUCUGGCAACUGCAAAAGUCCAAUGCGCUCAUCGUGCUCCAGUUUGGCGCCACGUCCGACCUCGAAGACACUGACGCAUUGACUAUUUACGACGGUGCAGCCAUCGACAACGUCUACCACGACGCGACGACCACGGUCGGGCUCUCGGCGGCGACUGCGAUCGACCGGGCGCUGUUUCUUCAGCGCACGAACGGUGUUGCGUACGCAGUGGCGAUCUUCCAGUCGUCGGUGACGGCAACGUCGGCCACGGUGGCGCUCGCGCGCGCCAACUCGCCGUUGUUUGAUGUAGUCACGUAUCGCCGGGGGCUUGCCUGCGCCGACGCCAGCAGCGUCGGACUCACAACCGCGCUCGCCAAGUCGCUGAUCCAAGCCUACUGGUGGUCGACGUCCGACGACGCCUAUACAACCGGCGCAGCCGUCGUGCAGCUGUACUUUAACAACUACGACGCCGACUCGGCCGUCGUGACCGCCGAGUUUGUGACGUACGCUUUAGACUGGACAACCAUCGUGUCGACGCCGUACCCAUCGGUGUUUUCGUUUUCCCGGCGGACGCAGCCGUACUUUGUGUGUCGAAACGGUGCCGACGUUGGUCUCGAUGCGACGCAGACGCUCCUCUCGUCGGCGUGGCCCAGUCGGUUGACGAAACCCGACUUGAUAACGGGAAUGGCCUACCGUGCGCUGGCGACGCCAGUGCUUUCGUACACCGGGGCAUGGACGCUCGCCCCCAACAGUGUUCUUAGCGGGCUGGUUCGCUUUGACUUUACAAGCGCACUCGCUUCGAUCGAAGUUUCGAAUACGUUUACCCUCGUCAUCAAUGCGUCGGUCGUACUCUCGAGCGGCCCGCAGUACCUCCUCUCGCAAGAAAACUCUGGAGUCGGGUCGCUUGUGCUACAGAUCUCGGGCGUCACCAAGGGCAUGGGGCAGUGGAUUCUGGGCGCAUAUAACACCAACCAAGCCGCUACCGUGAGUCCCGCGUCCUUCUCGGGCGAUACGAUGCACCUUGUCGUCACGUUCAAUCACGGUGUCGUUACCUACUACGUUAACGGACUCCGCUACAGCACGCUCGACACGAACGCAGCGUAUGAAAACUGCUUGAACCAGCAGUGGGACCAGUACCUCGUCACUGGUACCUGGGUCGACUGCAACGUAUUUGGAAUCGCAGGCUACAGCGACCCGAGUCGCCUCGUCCUUGGUGGUCGACUCGUCAAUGGCAACCCGCUCCAGACGUGGCAAGGCACCGUUUAUGCGGCUGAGCUCUACGACACCGUCUUGCCCGACUCCGUGAUUGCGGCGGCGUAUGCAGGUCCUAGCGCGCUCUCCGCGUUCGAGCCCGAAGCCGCGGUCGUCAACGCCGUCACAUCGCCAACGACGGCCACGAUGAGCACAAUUGAAGUCCUCUCGGCGUCGGUCGGCGAGGUUGCAGUGCGCUCGGUGGUCACUCGUCAGUGGUCGCUCCGGCGUCUCGGGUGCGCGACGCCGCCGGCAACGAUCGUCAAUGCGACUGCCAUCGCUGACGCACUCAACAUCACGGCGCAAACCCAUCUCGUUGCGAACGCGUUUGAUGCGACGUCCGUCGUUGUCUCUUGGGUCGCACCCAACUCGUCGUUCUUGCAAGCCACGUUGGCGCGCAGUCGAACGUACAACUUUGGCCUUACCGACACGACCGUGCUAGACCUCUUGCUGCGGUACAGCCAACAAGCCGAGUCGGUUGCCUACGUCAUCACCGACCUCUGGGUCAACAGUGUCUCCAGUACGACAGCGACCGUCACGUUUGAGAUGCGGGACGCGUCCAUGGCCAUCGUGGCGGCGACGGCCGACUUGACGCGCGUCAACAAUUCGUGGCAACCACCAGUGAGCGUUCAUCGGCUGGUACCACCGGCGUUUGCAUCGGUGCCGUUCCCGCGCUGUUCCAACAGCAAUCAGAGCAUCACUGUCUCGAGCGGGGUGCUCACGGACGGCCAGGUCACCGAGACAAUGGCGGUGCCGCCCAACACGCAGUGUCAGUGGAUUUUGCAAGCGCCCGGAAGCGACCGCAUCACGAUUGAUUUCUCACAUCUCCACGUGAUCUGCGUCGAGGGAACACUGAGUCUUAUCGAGCCGGGACGGCCGCCAGUGGCGCUCUGCGGUCGCCAUCCACCCUAUACCAUCACCACCGGCCCCAACGUGAUUCUGAGCUACCGGGUCGGACCGCUGCCGCCGCAGCAGUCGUCGUUGCAGUCGACGGGGUUUUACGCCACGUACGCAUUCAGUAGCCACACGGCGAGUCCCAACAAGUCGGAUGCGCUGGUUGCCUACGGCGCCUGGCAAGUCCAGUCGCUUGGCAAGGGCAACACACAGUGCCAGCUCGACGUCAGCAACGAAAGCGUCCACAACGCAUGGCAGGUGGUCGAGGCGUCGCUCACAACGGCGAUCGAUACACUCUGCUACAGCAGCGUCGCCAUGCCGGCGGACAAUGCGUGGGUCGUUGAUUCAUACAACGCCUCGAACCCGGGGUCGACCGACUGCAGUAUGUGGACACCAGAUGCUAGCGUGCCCUGGACAGCGACGAGCCUCACGACGGUCAACAGCACUGCGCGCUACUCGAGCCCAUUGACAAAAGCGUCCCCACCGGCCCUUCGCGUGACGCCGAGUAUGACCAACAGCUUGUUUCGAGCAUCCGGUAGCCGUGCGCAAAUUGCAUUCAAAUCGGCACUCGGCGGGCGCGGGCGGUUCCGCAUCAACUAUCUCACGCCGCGACAAUACUACGUCGCGCCCAGUAGCUACGCCUCGGGCGACGGCGCGAGCGGCCUCGGCACCCGCGAAUCGCCAUUCACGAGCACGUUUGCCUACUUGUUUGCAAACGUCUUGCGCGACGGCGACAUGCUCACGCUCUUCCCGGGACGAUACGAAGGCACUGGGUACUGCGGACUUUCAUUUCCAACGAGCAUUUAUGUCACGUCGUUGAGCGGCCCGGCAUGGACCCUAAUCGCGUGCCAAGGAAGCUCGCGCGGCUGGCUUCUCAGCCACGCCAAAGGCCUCUCGGUCAUCCGUGGUCUCUCGUUUACCAGCUGCACGACAACUGCGUCACCGAUGCGGGGCGUGGCGCUGUUCAUCGGCGGCAACGCGUUGAUUGAAAACUGCCGCUUUUACGGCAACCAGUUCGCGGGCCAAGGCACGGUGGCCGUCGUCGCGCCCAGUGUCACGACGCUGCGCGGGUGUACAUUUGAUAGCAACGUUGCGACCGUCGGUGCCGCCAUAGCUGUGCUCUCGGCCACCGCGAUUCUUGACAACUGCACGAUACAUGCCAACAACGCCACGCUGAGCGGUGCGGUCUUUAUCUCGACGUACGCCUCGACGUCGACCACGCUGCACAAUCCCUCGACCGUCACCAUCUCCGCCUGCACCUUUACGCGCAACCUCGCCAGCAGCGUCCCCGAAGCUGCGCUGACCAUCAACCAAGCCAGCGUCGCCACGAUCGGCAACUGUUUCUUUCAAAACAACGUGGGCAGCGCGAUCGGCUUGGACGGUGCGUACGUCACGAUCAACAACUCGGUGAUUACGGGCAACGCCGGCUCGGGUAUCCGCGCCAGCAACACACAGCUCUUUGUGGCAACAACUAUGUUUGGCAACAACACGAGCGCUGACAAGGGCGGUGGUCUUCGUGCCGAGACGUCGACAAUACGCAGCGUGAGCAACACAUUCCUCGGGAACGCUGCCGUGGUCGCCGGUGGUGGCAUCUAUCUUCUAAGCUCGACCUUUGUUGACGUGAUGAGCGUGUACGACUCCAACACCGUGAGCUUGAUCGCGCCGACCACCAACCGAGGUCUCGGCGGCGCGAUCUACGCGCUCAACUGCUACGACACGACGCUGCAGCCACUGAUUGCGAUCACAAACGGCACGUUUCGGGCGAAUCAGGCGUCGUUUGGUGCUGCUGUCUAUCUGGUCCAGUCGUAUACGCGGCUUCAAUACAGUGUGUUUCGAUCCAACGCGGCGACCAAGUACGGCGGCGCACUCAUGGUGACAGGCACGUCCGCCCAAGGCACCGAAUUCGUCGUCGUUCUCGAGCGAAAUCUCUACGAGUCGAACGCUGGUCAGUACGGCGGUAGCGUCUUUGUCUCGUCGUCCGACCACGUCUUGACAACCGACGAUGUGUUUGCCCACGGCCGCGCGACCAAAGCGGGCGGCGCCAUUGCCCUCACGGCCGCCACGAUGAUUGUGGUUGAGAACGGGACAUUUCUCGCCGAUGUCAGUGGCACGGACGGCGGUGCGAUGUAUGCCGACUCUAAUUCGGUCGUCGCCAUCUCCGACUCGCGGUUUGCGUCGUGUGUCGCCUACCGUCACGGGGGCAGCGUCUACGUCACGUCGAGCACCGUGGUCAUUGACAACGUCACGAUGACCAACAGCACGGCAUUCCAGUACGGUGGCGGGCUCGUGCUGCAGUCGCAGAGCACAACGGUUCAGUUGACCAACCUCAGUAUCACCGCGUCGUCAGCAACAAAAGGCGGUGCCAUCUAUCUCAUCGACUGCACGUUUCAGGCCGGUGACAUUGUCAAUGUCACGAUUGCCAACACGACAGCGAGUACGAUGGGGGGCGCCCUGUACCUCGUGCUCGUCACCAUGACGAUUGAUCACCUACAGACGGAGGCCACGACGUCCGGCAGCGGCGGCAUGAUGGCGCUCGAAGAUUCCGUCGUUGUCGUAAGCAACGCCAGCAUUGUCAAGGCGUUUGCGACCAAGAACGGCGGCGCGUUCUACUGCAUCAUCUCGAGCCUCGUCCUCCAGGCGUCGACCGUCGGUCAGCACACGGCGGGCGCCAACGGCGGUGCCGUCUACGGCUUUUCGAGCAUCCUGACACUACAAGACUCACAUCUCGUCCGCAACGCGGCGGCGGGCGGCGGCGCCAUUGCCGUUGCCUCAUCCACCGUUAGUACGCUCCGCGUAUAUCUCGCGUACAACAGUGCCACGACCGGCGGUGCGCUGAGCGCCGACCUCUCGGACAUUACGCUGGACACGUCUGUGCUGCUGGGCAACACCGCGUCGGGUCUCGGUGGCGCCAUCGCCGUCGCGUUCAACUCGCUCACGCUGUUUCAUUCGGUUUUGCGUGACAACGUAGCGGCUGUCGGCGGUGCCAUCUCCAUGUCGGACCUCUCGACGUUCACUUUGCAUUCGAGUGUUUUUCACAACAACUCGGUGCUGCUCGGGUCGAAGCCCGGUGUCGUGGCCAAAGGCGGUGCGAUCAGCAUCGCAACGAUCUCGAGCGCGUCGUUCGUGACCAACUGCUCGUUUCUCGACAAUCGCGCCGGAAUCGCCACCGGUGGUGCAGUCUACGCGUCGAUGGGCACGGCGUCGGCACCGCCUAUCAUCAACGUCGUUGCAUCCAACUUUGUCAAUUGCAGCAGUGGCUAUGGCGGUGCGCUCUACCUUGAAAACGCGCCGUGCUCCUUCUCGAACUCACGCUGGAUCAACAAUUCGGCGACAACCGGCGGUGGUGGCGGCAUCUACUGGACCAGUGUCGAGCCAUUGGGGUUGGCCUCGCAAAUCUUUACCAACAACAGUGCCGUGUAUGGACCCGACGUAGCGUCGCUGCCGUAUGCACUGCAGCCUCGGUACACGCCACCAAUGUCGAAUGGCGUCGUGAGUGGUGAAGCGAGUGGGCAGAUGUUUGCUGGCACCUUGGCCGUCCAUGUUGUUGACCAGUAUUUACAGACUGUUGCGACCGACAACAAGACGCAAGUUACGCUGGUGAGUCUGACAACGUCAGCAUUCGUUGUGGGGACCGGCAAGGCCACGGCGGUGCGCGGCAUUUGUAACUUCUCGACGUCGGGCGUGCAAUUUACUCCAGGCCUCAACAUGACCUUGGCAGUCACGGGGGGCGACCUUCUGCCGCUGCACACGGUUGAGAUGCAUCUCCGGGGGUGCCUUCGCGGCGAAGUGCUGCCACAAGGCGUCGCGCAGUGCGUCAAAUGUCCCAUUGGGCAGUUUAGCUGGAACGCCAGUGAAAGCGUCUGCCACGCGUGUCCAACCGGUGCGAUCUGCGGCGGCGGGGAUAACAUUCAGGCGACCGACGGCUACUGGCGGUUUCCCAACUCGACCGGCGUCUGUACAUCGGGUCGCUACGACGGGUGUCGGCUCAACGAGUGCUUGGCAUCCGCCUGCAACGGGCUCCUCCUUGGCAACGACUUGGCGUCGGUCGUCGUGGACACGGGCGUCAGCGGCACCAUGGGUCUUCUCCUCCCUUCAAAUAGCUCGGGCUAUGGUACCAACGAUACGCUGUACGUACAAGGCGCCACGUAUACGGUGGUGGCGUCGUCCACCGUGUCUUCGUCGUCCAGUGAGCUCCAGCUUCUUGUCACGGGAAGCACGCCAUUGCCCAACACAGGCGCCGUGGCCAUUUACAAAGUCCAGCCCGAAACGUGCAAGCGGGGCUUUACCGGGCACCUUUGCUUUCAGUGUGCGUAUGGGUACACGCGCAGCGGGAAGACCGAAUGCGUCGAGUGCCCGAGCGACUACACCCUGACGGUCUUGGUGCUAAUUGGCGGCAUUCUCGCGUGCAUCGUCUACGCCGUCAUGCUGAUUCAAAUGACCAUCAACAAGUCGCGGACCAAGGCUGACUUGUUCUCGAUCAUCACCAAGAUCUUUACCUCGUACAUGCAGCUCGUGAGUCUGGCCGGGUCGUUCGACUUGCAGUGGCCCGUGGUCGUUGCGUCGAUGUUCAAUACGCAGAGCGCGGCGUCCAACCCCGCCGACAAGCUCAUCUCGAUCAACUGCCUCAUGAACCACUACAAGGCGCAGUCGUCUUCGUCGGCGGCCGCCACCGGUCUCUCGCCGUACCACGAGCAGCUCAUCUUGUACCUCUGCUUGCCACUGCUCUGUGUCGUCGUUCCGAUCAUCUACUGGAAACUCAAGUUUCGCUUUACACGGCAACGCAUUCAGCGAAAAGCGUGGCCACCACUGCUGCAAGGCACGCUUGGCCGCGGCACGGGCGCCGACGUCCUCGUUCUGGACGCUGAGAUUGAAGACAUUUUGCGCGCCGUCGGCGAAGACCCGACCGACAUUGUCCUAUUGGGCACGCGAUCCAUAGGAAAGCUCGGCGAAGGACCGCAGCCGCUCAGUAUUGUUAAAGCCGCCUACCUCGACGCUGUGCGCAGUGAGAUUCAUGACAAGUCGGUGCUCUCGAUCAUUGUGCUCAUGUUCCUCAUCCAUCCGGGCGUCACCAAGCAGAUCUUUCAACUCUUCUCCUGUUCGGAGCUCGGGAUGGACGAGCAUGGCGUCGUCAUGGCCUUCCUGGACGCUGAUCUCGACAUCCCAUGCUACGACUCAAGCCACUACAAGUGGAUGCUGUGCGUCGGCUUACCGAGCGUUGUGGGCAUUACGUUUGGCAUCCCGGGUUUUGCCUUUGGUGUGCUCCGUGCCCGUCGGGCGACGCUGGACGACCCGCGCACGCAACUGCAAUUUGGGUUUCUCUACGAUGGAUACAAGCUAGCGCACUACUACUGGGAAAUCUGGAUCAUGAUGCGCAAGGUGCUCGUGAGCAUGGUCUCGGUCUUUCUCAAGGCGUGGGGCACCGGGCCGCAGUCGCUCGGCGCGACAGGCCUCAUCUUCGCCGCUUUGUACAUGCACAUGGAGGCGACGCCGUACGAGCUCGACGUGGUCAACAACCUCGAGCAAACUUCGCUGCUUACGUGUCUCUUCACCAUGUACUUUGGUCUCUACCUCUUCCAGCCCGAGCUCACGAGCGGCACGCGGCUCGCCGUUGGGAUUGUCAUUGUCGUUGCCAACAGCAUCUUCAUGGUCAAGUUUGCGCGACUCAUGCUUCUCGAGCUCAAGAAGAAGGCGCUCGACGGUCUCGCCAAAGUCGCUCAACACAAGCGCAUGAGCGUGGUGCUGCAAAAGUUUCGCCGUGCGUCACUUGACACCAACGGCGUCGUGACGCCCUCUGGCGUGCAGUUGCAAGACGGCAGCAAGCACGAUAAUGACGACGACGACGACGAGGAUCGAAGUGGGGACGAGUGGGACCGGGUCCAAGCACGUACAUAAACGCUG